AUGGCUCCGCUCGACCAGGACAAGCUCGCAGACUACAAGCAACAGGCUAUGAAGGAGGUUGAGGCCGCCCAAGCCUACCUCUCCGACAAGGGCGCAGACCUGCAGACCCGCUACGUCGAGCCCGCGCUCACCACCUUCCGCCAUCAUGCCGAACAAGGACCCCUCUUCACCACCUUUGCCCUCGUCUUCGGCCUCCUCUCGUUCUUCCCCGUUCUGCUCUUCACGCUCUUCGCCGCCGGCACCGUUCUCGCCGUCGGAGGAGCUGCUUUGGUGGGAGCGGCAGUCGUGAUCGCUUGGCUCGUUGGCUCUGCGGCCCUCCUCCUCGUCGGGACGCUCGCGGUCGUCGGCUUCAUCAGCGCCGUCGCGACGUUCUGGAUCGGCGCCUCUUACGCCGCCCUCCGCCUCCUGCACCACCUCAGGACCGCCGACACGCUGCCCGACGCCAUCCAGGACUUCCGCUCCGAAGCAACCGAUCUCUUGUCCGGCUCGAGCGCGUCGGCGAAGCACAACGGCACGAACGGGUACACCAAGGUGCACUUCGACUCUGUCGUCAAGCAGGAGGGCGAGAAGGAUGUCCCGGUCAAGAACGGCGACUCCUGA